AUGCCUAGUGUAAGCUCGCCUCUUGAAUCACAUAAACAACCUGAAAAGUUCAGAGUUAACUAUGAAGACGCAUGUAAUGUGCUUCACCCCAAGAAGGGAAAGUUCUUUGAAGAUGAAUCCAUACCUGUGAAAGAAACAAGCUCCAAAGUUGCAAUUGUUGGUGCAGGUUUAGCAGGGAUUGCCACUGCAAUGUCACUUUUGAAAAAUCAUGGGGAAACUGAUUUUACCAUGUUUGAGAAACAUGACAAUUUUGGAGGUACUUGGUAUGCUAAUACCUACCCAGGAUGUUGUUGUGAUAUUCCAGCCAUCUGGUACUCAUAUUCUGACGAGUUGAACACAACUUGGUCUGGUGUGCAGCCGCCACAGCAUGAAAUGGAAGAGUACAUUCUUGCUGUAACUAAGAAACACGAGUUAGCCAAAUAUGCCCGAUUUGAAACUGCUAUCAAUGACUUAGAGUGGAAUGAAAGUAAGAAAGAAUGGACUUUGAAAGGUGUUGAAAUAAAAACUGGUCGUCGUUUGAAACAUACUUGUAAGAUAGUUGUGUCUGCUAGAGGAGGACUUGUUUAUCCUCAAUUCCCAGAUAUUCCUGGACUUCAAGAUUUUUCAGGAAAAUUGAUGCACUCAGCGCUUUGGGAUCAUUCAACACCUAUUAAGGGUAAGAAAGUGGUUGUGAUUGGAAAUGGAUGUUCUGCUGCUCAACUUGUCCCUGCACUUCUUAAAGAUUAUGAGCCUGAAUCGAUAGUACAGCUAUUCCGUUCAAAACAUUGGAUUUUACCUGAGAUCCCCAAAUUUGUUCAAAACUUUUAUGUCAAGGUGAGAGGAUUUCUGCCAGCUAUAACUGGAAUCCGCUACGUUAUGGCAGCAGCAGCAGAGCUGAGAUAUCCUAUUUUCAAGGGUAAAUGGUGGCUUCCCAGAACUAUUCAUUGGUUCCAUCAACGGAGUUCUCGUUUGUAUAUGGAGAAGACCAGUCCUGAAAAGUAUCAUGACCUUCUUAUACCCGACUACAAAUAUGGAUGCAAGAGACUUAUCUUUGAUCAAGGGUAUUUGAAAUCGUUACACGAUGAUAGAUUAUUGCUUUCUAACGUUAAGAUUGACCGUGUCGAAGGAAAAUAUGUGAUUUUGGAAAAUGGAGAUAGAAUAGAAGCUGACAUUAUAGCUGCAUGUACCGGAUACGAUUUGGAUCAAUCUAUGUUUGUUGGUAACAUUGUCGGUGAGAAGGGGAAGACAUUGAAGGACUUGUGGAGGGAAGAAAGGCCAGCAGCAUAUGAAACUUCUAUGGUUAAAGGGUUCCCUAACUUGUUUAUAGUUGGAGGGCCCAAUUCUGCUGCUGGUCAUACAUCUGUGUUACUUAGUAUUGAGAACAUGGUUCAAAUGUUUGAUAGGACGUUUAGUCCUGUUCUUAAGGAAAAGUAUUCAACAAUCCAAGUGAGUCCUGAGGCACACGAUAGAUGGAGGGAUGAGGAUCUCAAGCAUUUAGAUACUGCUAUUUAUGGUACCAGUGAAGGUGGCUGCACCAGUUGGUAUUCAAAGACCGGAAUUAACUCUACUGUUUAUCCUUAUUCCCAUUUCACUAUGUGGUACAGAACUCGGUUCCCCAAUUACUCUGAUUUUGAGUACAUGUAA